AUGUCUCAGCAGCCUUCGCCGCACCAGCAUCACUUGGGCGCGUCACAUUCGCAGUCACAGCUGCAGUCGCAACAACAGCAACAGCAACAGCAACAGCAACAGCAACAGCAUCAACAACCGCAGCAGCAACCACAGCGCAGCGUCAAGCGGCCAAGGCCCGUCAAGUCGUGUACCGAGUGUCGGAAGCGCAAGCUGCGAUGCGAUCGCCUCUGUCCUUGCUCACAGUGCCAAAAGUCGAGCCGUCCCUGCAAGUACGCGCCCGACCAGGACUCGGCCAACCUGUCCGAAGGCUCGGACGCAGAGGCAGCUGAGCCGGGCCGGCCAGCCAAGCGCAACUACUCGCACAGCACUCUUCCCGGGCUAGGCAGCACGUACAGCGAUGCUGGCGCCGCCAGACCGACAAAGGCGGGCGAUUCCACCAGCCUGCCGUUGCUCGAGGAGCUCUCCAUACGCAUGGAGCGGCUGGAGAAGCAGGUUCUCGUGCGAAGCCCCAGCAGGGCCGAGCUCGGCGGCGGCAGAAUCGUCGCUGCACCACCAGAGACAAUACGGGGACUGACAGUGAAGCGCGGGGCCUUGCGAACCCGGUAUUUCGGGCAAAACGACCCCCGGGUGUUGUUGAAUCUGUUUGACGAUGCAAAGGCAUAUGUGGCACACAACUUCCAGCGGGAGCCCUUCACCAGCUUUGAAGCCCUGCAUAAGCAUCUACGAGGCGAAUUGACAAAGUCGUUGACCCCCAUCACCGUCUUUGUGGAUUCCAUGAUGCCCAUACACAAACGAAUGACAGACAUCCUACCCAAGAGGGCAGUCUGUGAUCGCCUGCUGGCGGCCUAUCUCGAUACCUCGGAGACCCAGUUUAGAAUCCUUCACACUCCAACAUUCGUGGAACAGUAUAACCAAUACUGGCAAGGCAACCCGCAGGCCGAGCAUUUCCUGCCACAGAUGCUGUCGGUCCUAGCAGUAGCGUCUCGAUUCGAUACCAAAUCAAGGGGAUUGGUCCACCAAGAACGCGUAGAGGGCGUACAUAUCCCGACUGCUUCCGCGUUGAUUCGAAUAUGGCUGGACAGCCUCAAAGGCAAGCAACUCGUGGAGCUUGCCACGCUGCAAGUCGAGGUGUUGUUGUUACUGGCCAAGAGAAUGAUUAUUCCACGGGCACAAGACUCGUGGAAUCAUCUGGGCUUCGUCGUACGCAUGGCAAUGUCCAUGGGGCUCCACAGAGAUCCCUCGGAGUUUGAACCACGGAUGACGGUGUUCCACGGCGAGAUCCGAAGGAGGCUGUGGUUCACGGUCCUGGACAUGGACUUGUACAUGUCGAUUGCUGCCAACAUGCCCUGCCUUACUCGAGACGGUGACUAUUCCUGCCGGCCGCCGCGAAAUCUCAAUGACGUCGACCUCUACCCAGAAAUGACUGAGCUGCCGCCGUCUCGGCCGCUAGACCAAGCAACAGACAGCCAGAUUCAGGUCUAUACGGUCAUGACUCUCCCCACGCGGAUGAGAGUGGCGCACAUGAUUAACCGUAUCGACACCAUUCGUGAUUAUCAAGAAGUGCUAGACGUGGGCGGAAAGCUUGACCGCUUCCUCGAGGACAUCAACUACAUCUUCCCGCGGCAUGCAGCCCUCAGCGAUGCGCAGAAGAGCAGACUCUGGAGAAACCGCGUCAUUCUCGAUAUGCACGUGCGGCGGCCUUUGCUUGCCUUGUACCGACCCUUUGCCAUGGCAGCCCCUGAAGCUCCAACGCAAAUCUCACGGGCCUACCUGCGGUCUUGCAUGGUCAUUUUGAAAUACCUGGACGAGGUCGAUCCCAAUCUGCCUCACUUUCAGGACGUUGCUGAAAUGUACGUGCAGAUGCUGCGGCGAGACAUUGUCCAGGCGUCCCUGAGCGUUUGCUACUUUAUCAGGCCGGCCGUUCGGCCUUCUGCUGAUACCGUCAUGCUCGAUCAGCAUGGAAUACGGUCUUCGCCGGCCCCGGUGGAUGACUUCCCAGGGUACAUACCGGACGACCUGAUGCUGUGGACGCCUGCGCGGCUGAUUGGCACCGUGCAGAAGACAAUAGAUCUCCUAGUCGGGCUUAUCCGCGGCAGUGAUGUCAAAGACGUUUUGUGUAUUGCUGUUGUGCUGGAGAGCGUAAGAAAGGCUGAUGUUCGAAGCGAAGAGAUUACCAACAAUUUGUUUGGCUUGCUGGAUGCCUGCUUGAGGGCCACCAACGUGACGGCAGAUAAGCUGCGCAGUUUAUACCUCGGCAGCGCGAAUGGCGCGUACUCACAUGGAAGGAUGCCUUACGUGCAGCAAGGCUACAGCAUGGGAGGCCUUUCGGAUCCUACCACAGAACUGGGCGGCUGGAUAAUGUGGGAUGGCUGGGAUUGA